GUCUCAAAUAGCGGAGUUCGCUGAAUAAUCGCUUAUUAAUUUUUGUUUUUAUCUUUAGUUAUAUCAUCAAAAUGUUUGAAGAAGAGUGGAGUGCACAAAAGCAAAAAAGUAAUCUCCGCAGCUUAUUUGGGCUAAGAGUACGAAGGUGUACGAGAUGCAUCAUAACUCCGCCUUGCCUGCGCAAAGCACGUCUGGCGCUAACUCCAAUACACACCCUUUAGUACCUCACUGUUGAUUGACGUCCCUGAUGAGUGGUCUCUAACCAUUCAAUAUUACUUACAUUGUUUAAUGUUUCUCUGUGAUUAGUUAUUCAUCUCACUAGUGCUGACAAAUUGAUUUGAAUACAGAAAUGAAGUCAGGGUCUCAUUCAAUCAACCAAAGGUAACCUUGGUGGAUAUAAAGAGAUUGCUGCCAGUCCACCAAGGUAAUCCUAGGUAGAAACCUUUCCUGUUAUUCUUCGUAUCUUAGAAAACCUCACAAGCGCGAUAACAAUGCCUGCGUAUCUAUUCACGGCUUUCAUUUCAGCCUUUCUCAUAACGGCAUGCGCUUCACUCUGCAUUGAACCUGCAACUCGGACUGUUUUUGAAUUUCCUUUCCGAUCAUGGGUUGAGAAUAUUGCCGUCCGGGCUAAAGGAGACCUUCUCGUUACGCUGAUCGAUCACCCAGAGUUGCACCUCAUCAACCCUUUCAAACCCAACAAUACGACCAUAGUCUCGUCAUUUCCAAACGUCCUCGGUCUAUUGGGCAUUGCAGAGUACGAUAUCGAUCAAUUCGCAGUGGUGGCUGGUAAUUGGUCUUACGUCACUGACGAGACUACUGCACACUCAUAUUCCAUAUGGCGAGUGGAUAUGAGACGAUUCGAAGCAAUUGACGGCGAAGUACUUCAGCCUGCAGUAGUUGAAAAGGUAGUUGACAUACCUGAAGCAAUUUUUCUGAACGGAAUGACUACUCUGAGUUCGAUUGAGAAAACCAUUCUUGUUAGUGACUCUGGAAUUGGCGCCGUAUGGCGGGUCGAUAUCGCCAAUCGUGGUUAUCAGGUGGUCAUUGAGGAUAAAACCAUGGAACCCGGCCCUCCGUACAAUCUCGGAAUAAAUGGACUUCACUUACGUGACCAUUACUUGUACUACACGAAUUCUGCACUGGAGUUGUUUUGCCGAAUGCCAGUUAAGCCGGACGGCACGAGUGCCGGAAACGCAGAAGUGCUGGUCACUAAUCAUCUCGGAGAUGACUUCACCUUCGACAGGUCUGGGAAUGCAUACGUUACCCAAGAUCCAGGGAAUGCCCUAUACAAGGUCACGUUUGAAGGAAAUGUUUCCACUAUUCUGGGGGGGCCUGAUGACCCUUUGAUCGAGGGAGAUACUGCGGCACAGUUUGGGCGAACGGUAGCAGAUAGCCACAUCCUUUACAUUACAACCAAUGGAGGACUUGUUAACCCAGUUGAUGGACCAGCGGUUGGAGGAAAAGUGGUGGCUUUCAAUACUCGCUGCGCUUGAAAAUGGACACUCCGAAGAGCAUCUCUGUGCUCCUAGCCUGACGACUGUGCUGUACAUACUCAGAAACAUCCUUAGUGUAUAGUGUAGACUGGGCAGUAAUCUAAAUUUUCAUAAUCAAAAC